AUGGUGAAGUCGUCUGGUUUGGCCGGUGGCCAAGAGGAUGUGAGAUCGGGGAUCGAAAAUGGGUCAGACGCGGAUUAUAGCAGUGGGUCCAGUGUAGUGAGCAGUUCCACUGGAGCGAGCAGUACCAGCGGCAGUGUUGCCACGGUGCCACGGCCCUUGCACAGGGGCAGUCUAAGUAUGGCAACGGGGCUUGGCGCAGUGGACAGUGCGGGCAGUUCUAUUUCCAGCAUGACUGGAAGUCGGAUGAGAAGAAGGUCAAGACGACAGAGUGCGAUCUCGGAGGUUUCGAACAGCAAUCAGUCGAUGGCACUCUCCUUGACAAGGACCGUUACUAAGAUCAUUAAAGCAGUCCAGGAUGACAAUAGGCAGUCGGCUCAGGAAAAGAACGAUCUGAACAAGGUGCUGGAGUCGAGGUUUGAUGUUGGAGAUGCAUUGCAGCUUGAAGAGAACAAAACUGAAUCCGUAGGGGCAGCGAAGGCAUCCGAGCCAUUCGCUGAGACGGGAAAAAGGAAAGGCAAGGAUAAAUUAGGUGUGGCCAUCGACCAUGAUGUGGAGCGUUUGCCGUACAAGGGUGAGGCUGGCGAAGAAGAAGAAGAAAACGAGGAUGUUCGGGAGGAGGACGAUGAUGCAGAUCACGCCACAAUCAAGAAAGUGUUUACCAACAAGUCUACUGGAGCGGUCGAUUUGCCGCCCGAUGGUGGUUAUGGUUGGGUUGUUACAUUCUGUGUAUCGCUAAUCAUGUUUUCGACGUGGGGAUGUAAUUCCGGGUUUGGUGUGUUCUUGGCAUUUUAUUUAAAUGCGAAUUAUUAUCCGGGUGGCUCAAAAUAUGACUAUGCUCUUAUUGCGGGGAUGACUGUUGCAUUUGGGCAGGGAUUGUCUCCAUUUGUGAUGUCUGUAAUGAGAAUUAUUGGAUUUAAACCAACAAUGAUUAUGGGAGCUGCUCUUAUGCUCGCAGGAUUUUUGCUAGCGUCAUUUUCUACUCAGCUGUGGCAACUUUAUUUGACACAAGGUUUUCUAUAUGGUGUUUCGAUAUCUUUCAUAUUUGUUCCAGCAACCACUGUUUUGCCGGGAUGGUUUUUGAAAAAAAGGGCAGUUGCGCUAGGUCUCUCGCUACUUGGUACAGGUGCUGGUGGUGUUACGUAUGGUUUAGCCGCGAAUAGGAUGAUUCAAGAAUAUGGAAAUCCAAGGUGGGCUUAUCGUAUUUUAGGAAUUAGUUGCACAAUUUCAGUAUUGUUUUCUGUUGCACUCAUCAAGCAACGUAAGCCUAUUUCAAGAGUCGGGUUUAAAUCUAUACAUUUGAUGAUUUUUCAAUUCAAGCAAAUGUUUGCAUUAAGCGUUGUGAAAAAUCCAUUCGUGCCACUUAUUGCUCUAUGGUUUAUGUGUGCACUAUUUGGGUAUACUCUCAUGAUUUUCACCUUAUCUUCUUAUGCUGUUGCGCGAGGUAUGUCGCAACAUCAAGGCUCUAUUUUAACUGCCGUGUUGAAUGGGGCACAAAGUGUUGGAAGGCCAUUGAUGGGACUCGCGGGGGAUCAAUUUGGUAGAGCUAAUGUAACAAUCGUGUUAACCUCUGCUCUAUCUAUAAUGAUGUUUGCAUUUUGGAUACCUAUACAUACAUUUGUUCAGAUGCUGAUGUUCGCAAUAUGUGUGGGUUCGUGUGUAGGUGUUGCAAAUGUUAUGAGCACAGUACUUAUAGCUGAUUUAGUCUUGCCUGAUCAGUUUUUGGCUUCCUGGUCGUUUGUCAACUAUUUCGGAGCACCGUUCCUCCUAAUAUCUGAGUUGGUUGCUCAAGCUUUGACGGUUGAAACAGAUGUGGAGAAUCCUUACUUACAUACUCAGUGUUUUGCAGGGGCGUGCUUUUCCGGUGCACUAAUUUUGAUUUUGAUAUUACGGGAACUAGCUGUUAAAAAAAAGCUGUUAGAUCGUCAAAACGCCACAAGACGCAAAAUAGAAGAGUGGAAACUAGAUCCAACUUCUGUCUUAGAUGAUGAUUGGGAGCCGCUUAUGGAAAGAAGAGAAAAGUAUGAUAUCCUGUUGGGUCCUGGAUUGAAAAGGUAUUUUCUGAGGAUGGCAUAUCCGAUGAAAGUAUAG